ACCGUUUAGUUCCCGUCGACGUUAAUAGGAACCUUCUAGAAAAGAAGACUCUUUCUAUCCGGGUUUAUUUAUCAGUGACACCACAAACCUGCUAAACCUUACUAGCUUCAUCUUUGUUGAUUGUUUUCGUUAGAAAUCAUAAGUGAAAUUAUCAUCUGGACUCAUCUUUUUCUAAAAUGGAGCCAGCAUGUCGAAAAGACAAACAGAAGCAGCAAACACCGACCCGUGGAGACAGAACCAAACAGAAAUCAGCCCAGCAGGAGCUAAAGCAGAGGCAAAGAGCAGAGAUUUAUGCCCUGAACAAAGUCAUGACUGAACUUGAACAGCAGCAGUUUGAGGCCUUUUGCAAGCAGAUGCAAUCACAAGCCGAAUGAGAAAAACUCAUGUCAGGGCAAACAUACACGGGUUAGGCUCGUGUCAUGAUGUUACUCAUAUUUUUGUAUUAUUGUACACCAUUUGAUAAUCAUCCCUUUCAGCCCUUGACAUUUAAACCAAAAUGUAGUCGCUGGAGACUGAUGCACACGCACACAGUACUUGAAUCUGAGUGUACAAUCACAAAACUCAAUUCACUCACUCAAUAGGUCUGUUCAGUUUUAUUUUCACUGUGAUUGUUAAUUGUGAUUGUUUUAUCUGACAUUAUUGUCCUGAACAAGUAUUACAUUAUGUAUGAUUGCACAAAGCUGUUUUAGACAAUUUGUGAACUGUUGACUGAAGGAAAUUAAGAUACAGUUGUCACUCUUUUGGUUUAUGAUUAAUUUAUUUUGUGACAUGUGACAUACUUUAAUCAUAGUUAAUGUUCUUUUGACCACAAGCGGUUUUUAACAGUUUAGUUUUUGAAUAAAAUUUGGUUAUUAAAAAUCAUCUCUUGAAAAAAAUAAUAAAAUGAUUUCCUUUUCUGAGCCUUAUUUUCCUGCAUCCCACGGUUUGUAUACACUGAUAGAAGGAUCAAGGAAUUCUGAAAAACAAAAUGCAUCACUGU